AGACAGCGGGCAACCGUUGUAAACCGCGUUGGAACACAAAACCGCCCUUCCGGUACCUUUCAGCGCCCUCUCUGUUACAGAUGGAAUUUCAUUUUCUCCAUUCCCAAUUUCAUUGCUUUCUCUCCUGCCAUCGUUCAAUCAAUCAAUGAAUAUAUUGAGUUGAGUAUCAAUUUAUCAUGAUUUCGUCAAGAUGCGUUGGCUCCAGAACAUCUCCUUCUCUUCCUCCUCUUCCUCCUCUUUCCUUCAUUCCUCCUCGUCUUCUCCCAAGAAGCAUGGGCACGAAGACAAUGGGAAGGGUUUGAUUCAAGAUUCUCAGAAUCAGCAUGAAGAUCAGCAUCACCAUCACCGUCGUAAUCAUCGGGUGUUUCGCAUUAUCGCUCCCAGGUUCAGCAGGCAGAGGAAGUUGAGGCAUCUCAGCGACCAGGACCUUGUCUCUGGGAAAUCGUUGAGGGAGGCUGAGGAUCCUCUGUCUCUGUCGAGGUCCCCGAGCAGUCUUGAUCAAGGUUCCGUGGUGCCCGCAUCGGCAACGAGGUCGUCGUCUGCGCCGGUAGCUGUGCCGUUGCCGCUACCGCUUCCGGUGCCAGAAGCGGACGGGGAGCAGCGGUAUCCUUCGCCGAAGGACCUCGGUCCUGGUAAAUGUGUAGAGGACAGAGACAGGGAUAGGGAUGAAGACAAAGCAGACGCGCCGGAAGGAGGAAGCGUUCCUUUCACGCCGGUGGCCAGUACGUUUGCUGCCCAUGAUUCAAGGAAGACAAUGGAGUAUGGAGGAGAUUCGAGGUUAUCAUCAAGGGUGGCACGUCAAUAUUUGAAUAGAGAGGAAAGUCAUAGAGAUGAGUUUAGGGUAAAUGUUGCUGUUAGAAGUGCUACUAAUAGUCCAUUUGCCAGUCCUGCGCUUAGCCCACACAGAAGAAGUGCUGCUGACGUUUUCCCAUUUUAUAACAUGGUUCCUAAAGGGAAUCAAGCAUGGUCAGCGCCAGAGAUGCCAACCUUAGAUAAUCCAGGACUCCCUCCCCCAGCAUUCUUUGAUUGCACUGUUUUUAGCACUGAUAAUACUCCUCUCCACAGUCCACCAAAUAGAAGUCCCCGUCGAAGCACAAGAAGCACAAGUGGUGCUGCUUCACCUUUGCAUCCCAAAUUGUCGCUUGAAACCCCAUCAACGCGGCCUGAAAGUAAUGGUCUUAUUGGUGGACACCCACUACCGCUUCCUCCAGGGGCAGCCAUGCCUUCACCAUCAUCUUCUCCUCUUCCUCCAGGAGUAGCCAUGCCUUCACCAUCAUCUUCCCCUCUUCAUCCAGGAGCAGCAAUGCCUUCACCAUCAUCUUCCCUUCUUCCUCCAGUAGCAGCCAUGCCUUCGCCAUCAUCUUCCCCUCGUCGCCCAGGAGCAGCCAUGCCUUCACCAUCAUCUUCCAUUGUACCAGUGGCAACCAAGCCAGAGUCAUUGCCAAUGAAUAGUCAAUGGCAAAAGGGAAAGCUUAUUGGCCGUGGUACAUUUGGCAGUGUUUAUGUUGCCAGCAACCGAGAAACUGGCGCUUUAUGUGCAAUGAAGGAAGUUGAAAUAUUUCCUGACGACCCAAAAUCUGCAGAAUCUAUAAAGCAACUACAGCAGGAAAUUAAAGUUCUCAGCCAGCUGAAGCAUUCAAAUAUAGUGCAGUAUUAUGGGAGUGAAAUAGUCGAAGAUCGGUUUUAUAUAUGUCUUGAAUAUGUUCAUCCUGGUUCAAUUAAUAAAUAUUUUCGAGAACAUUGUGGAGCCAUGACAGAAUCUGUUGUUCGCAAUUUUACUCGCCAUAUUCUUUAUGGAUUGGCUUACUUACAUAGCACAAAGACCAUUCACAGGUAUGGAAACAUGCUUGAUUUUAUGUAUUGAGGCUAGACUCUCAUACUUUCUAGUGUCUCAAAUUAGAGUAUAACAACAAAUAGUGUCUAAUUUUUUUAUUCAAUGUUAAACUUAAUCAUUGGUAAAUAGUAGUGCUGAGGAAAGGAGCCUGCAGUAUAUUAUUGCAUCUAUUAUUGGAGGCUUAGUGUGCUGUUUUCCUGCUUCAAUUAGGGACAUUAAAGGGGCUAAUUUGCUUGUUGAUGCAUCUGGUGUUGUCAAGCUUGCUGACUUUGGGAUGGCGAGACAUGUGAGUUUUAUUUCACAUGUCUUCUCUUUUUUAUACUCUCAUUUGUAGAUUUUGCCUGCAAAUUUGUGGCUAUAGAAUCUUUUGCAAUUUACCUUUAUUCUCAUUUCCAUCGAACUCAGAUGUGUUCCUUCCCCCCAAGGGAUGGAAGGAAAAGAAAAUUAAAAUGAAUGUUGCGCAUUUGUACAAAUUCUUGUGUCAUUUCAGUGUCUUGUCAACAUUAGCAGUGGAGUUUGUACUUUUCUGAACUUCUCAAAUUUCAGUCCAUCUGGUCUUAAGGUGAUGCUUGCUUGAUUUCUCAUAUUUGGCUUGAAUAAUUUGGAGUUUCUGUUGCAUAGCUUACUGGACAAAGAGCUGAUCUAUCUUUGAAGGGAAGUCCAUAUUGGAUGGCUCCAGAGGUACCAUCUUGACUGACCAUCAAUAAGGGACACCCUAUGUCUUACGAUUACUGAUAUUAUUCUCUUGAUUACUCAUACUAUUCUCUUUCCUGCAGCUCAUGCAAGCAGUAAUGCAGAAAGACAACAGCUCUGAUUUAGCACUUGCUGUUGAUAUUUGGAGCUUGGGCUGUACAAUCAUUGAAAUGUUCACUGGGAAACCUCCUUGGAGUGAGUAUGAAGGGGUAAGUACCCACCGUUUCUUAAUGUGACUUGCACUAGAGAAUCUUUACAGCUUGCUCACUUGUAACCUUUAUGCUAUCAGUAAUGAAAUUGUUCAAAUAAUUUAUGAUAGAAAUG